GAAUGCGGUAGAUUUAAUAUAUACAAGUAUGACAUCUUAAGUGCAUGAGUUGUUUUUGGAAGACGUGACAGUGGAUUAUAUUUCAUGUUUCACAAUCGUUAAACAAUGAGUCAAUAUCUCAAAGAUGAAUGGUAAACUGGUUAAAGGGAAGUUUUAUGUUGGCGUAGGAAAACAAAAACUUUAUAGUAGCAGGGGUUGAAGAAUGGAAUCGGAUACGGAUAGAAAGAAGAAAUGGAAGUUGAAGAAAAUAAAUAAAUGCUGGUUCUUAGAUGUUGGCGGUAAACUGACAAGGAUGAAUAUGCUGAACAAUGCUACUGAUGUUUACAUGGAAGACAACGUUAUUUUUGCCGAUGAUCUUGUAUUUCAGCUUACAGAGGAAAGUGACGAUGAAGUCACGGUGACAGAGAUUAAAGAUAUAUGCCUAAAACAUAAGACUUCUGAAUAUGAGGAAAAAGAGUCAGUUGCCAGAAGUGAAAAGGAAGAUUCCAUUGCAAGAAACAGUGCUGAUAAAAAGGAACUUGGUGAAUCUUUAGAAUCGAAGAGUGAUCGAAAUGUAGAUACUACACAAGACGCACAUCUUACAGAUAAAAAUAGAAGUUCAAGAGCAGAACUUACACUAAUAGAAGGUCCGGAAUAUCUAUAUGGUGAUGUCGAUGGACAAGAGACAGAUCACGAGCUGGGAAGCGAAGAAUAUGUACGAAAGAAAGGAAAGUUUAGAGGUUUCUUCAAACGAGUUAAACAUAUUGUAAAAAAGAAGGCAUCUUCCAAGCAUAAAGAAGAGCUUUUGUACGAAGACAUUUCAAACACUAUUAAAGAGUUUACGCCAAUCGACAGUGACGGCGGAGGCAGUGAAGAAGACGGUUAUGACUACACUUUAUUCGAGCCUAUGAAAGUUCACAAUGCCAGUUCUGAUGCCGUCCCGGGAGCGAGGAUAGUUACAGCUCUAUUUGACUUCAAUAAAUUUUCUGAGGACGAAAUUAGCUUCCAAAAACAAGACAAACUGAAACUUCGUGGAGAAACUUUGAGUGUCUUCACUGAAAACUGCGACUGGAGCUUAGCUGAACACUUGCCUACUAGUAAGAAAGGCUACAUUCCGCUUGCCUAUGUCACGGAAAGCAUCCACGCACUAAAGGCACAAAGCUGGUGGUUUGACAUAAGCAGACGGGAAGCGUCAGGAUUACUGAGAAUGCCCGGCAGUACUCCCGGAACAUACCUUGUAAGACCAUCGAAAAGUGAACGUGGGUUUAUAUUGUCACUACUAUGUUCGGGGUCAAAGGUUUUACACUAUCAAAUUAGGUCAGAAAAUGGACGAUUAUAUAUAGAGCCUAGAAGAUCGUUUAAUGAUAUUUUCGAACUUAUUUAUUUCUACAAAUGUACCUCUGGUGUACUUCGACGCAAACUAAAAAGACCAGCCCAGAAGCAAAAUCCGUUUGUUUACCCUCGAAAACUAGAAGUUGAAGUAGCGUCUAUUGGUAUAACUAAAUCUUUUCGAUGCGGUGAUUAUGGAGAAUUUUUUAUUGGAAAGUUUUCCAGCACAUUAGAUGUUACGAUCGUGACAAAGUUUAAACUGAAGGUUGAAAAGUUCUUGGCAGAGACGAACGUUUUACACAAUUUCCGACAAUGCAAACACUUUGUCAGAGUAUUUGGUGUAAUAAUCAGCCCGGCACCAUUUAUGAUUAUUCUCGGAGAGACUGUACGCAAUACGUUGCAACAGUACCUUAGGAUUGAUGGAGGCAAAACAAUAACCCUGACGACUUUACUUGAAAUAGCUGCUGAGGUUGCUGAGGGAAUGGCUUUUCUAGAGAAGGAAAAUGUUGUCCAUCGGCAUUUAAAAGCUGACAAUGUGUUUGUUUGUGAUUUUGACCAGCCGAAGAUAGUACAUCCAAAGUUAACUGCGAUGAUGAAAGAUAGAUUUUCUGAUGAACAUCGCAAAGAUGAAAAUGAGUGGCAGUGGACUGCACCAGAAGCUAUAGACGACGAAACUAUGUUUAGCACUAAGUCUGACGUAUGGUCAUUUGGGGUAUUUCUGUACGAGCUUAUCACCUUUGGAGAAAUGCCUUAUGCUGAUUUGAUUGAAAAAGACACGCUAAGCCGUUUACAUGAAGGAUUCAGACUGUCGAAGCCCAAAGACGGUCCAGUGCCAUGCCCUGUCGCUUUUUAUGUUACAAUUCUUAAAUGUUGGCAUCGGUUACCUGAAUGCCGUCCAACAUUUUACUUCCUCGAAGAUUUUUUCAACGACUUUGAAAAUGCAGUAAAAUGUAUAAGUGGCCUCGAAGAUCCCGAUAUGCAAGACCUAUACAUGUGCGGACCGUUGCAACAGGGGUCACCAAUAUUAGACACGCCUACUGAAGUGAGAGUUAGAAGUUUGAGAAAACCAGAAGCACGAUUCGACCCUCAAAAGUCUGAACCACAAGUGUCCACUCCUAUGACAUCUGAAAGUUAUCAUAAUAUAGGGAUAACAGAACCAACACAAAUUACUGGUGGAUUUAGUGUGAAAGCAUUGUACGAUUAUAAAGCAGAAGAAGACGACGAGGUGUCUUUGUACGAGGACGACAUUGUAACUAAUGUGGAUCCAGCAUACGAGGGUUGGUGGAUAGGAACAACAGCAAAUGGUGCACGCGGCAUGUUUCCGUCAAAUUAUGUGGAGAUAUUUGAAAGUCCUUAUGCUGAAGUACAUAAACUGUAAAGAAGAAGAGGAUACUUGUGCUUGAGAUAGUUUUACACAUACAGUUUAAAUGUAUCUCUGCUGUUCACCGUUACGAACUACUUGUAGAUUACUUUGUGCAAGUUACUCAAGAAUAUUGAUUAUUGUCUAAUUUAAAGUGACUUAAUAUGCAAAUUUUGAGUAUCAAGAUCCUAUAGCUAUACAAAGCUUCAUUUUUGUAAUGACUCAACUCGUAAUAGAUUUAAGGUAAACGAAAAUUCAUUGUUAGAUUCUCAUACCAGCUCAAAAAAUCCGGAUAUCUAAAAUUUUAUGUCCGGAUACCUAAACACUUGAUAGACAAUGUCCAAAUCUCCAGUUUUAAGAAUAUUUGACAAAUAAUGAUAGUGCAAAGACAGUUUAACAGCGUUUGACAGUAUCUAAUGUUAAACUUUACCACGGCAUUACCUCUUAUUAAAAUAAAUUAGGAGAAAUCUUCAUGAAAAAUCGGCAGUUCGACACCAUGACUGCGCAAGCCACUUUCGAAAAAGGUAAAGCCAAUAUAUUUAUUUUCUGGUGACUGAUUUUCAUUGAUUACGAUUAAAUAUCUGUUGUCUUCAAUUUAAAUUGUGUACAACACGGAUAUUUACGUCUUUCGGAAAGCCUGGCAAGCCAUUUUUACGUGCAAAACAGGCGGCACUACCUUACAAUGACGAUACAGACCAAGUUUAAGGACGAUUCAGCCAUAGUUCCAGCUCUAGCAGCCCCAAAGGAAGUGACCCGGGCUGUAAAAAAUGUUUGAGGUCCUUAAUAUGAUGCUAUAAAUCAAGUUUAAUGACGAUCCAUCAGGCGGUUCAUGAGAAAAAGACAUUUAAAGGCACUUCUAUUUUUAGCUUUAGUGACCCCUAAAAGAGGUCAAGCAUCUCCAUUGCACAAAUCGGGAGAGGACCUUAUAAUGAUGCUACAUGCCAAAUUUGGUGAAGAUUCAUCCACAAUUUGAUGAGAAGAAGUCAUUUAAAGGUAUAUCUAUUUAACGUUCUAGUAGUCCCUAAAAGGGCAAAUCACCCCCAAUCAGGCAAAAUGAUGAGAGGACAUUAUAACAAUAUACGAACGUUUGAUGAAGAUCCACCAAGCCUUGUAUGAGAAGAGACUGAUUAGAGGUAUUUUUAUUUAAGCCUCAGUGGCCAUUAAAAGGAGCCGACAACUCCAUUUCACUAAAUUUGGAAGAGGUAUUUAUAAUGAUGUUACAGACAAAGUUUGGUGACAAUCCAUCAAGCGGUUCAUGGGAAGACGCCGUUUAAUGGUAUUUCUAUUUUGAGCUCUAGCGGCCCCCAAAAGAGGCAGAGUGCUCCCAUUUGAACAAAUUUGGGAAAGAACCUUUUAAUGAUGCUAGAGACCAAGCCCACUUCGUCCUAAUUCGAAAGUGCCUAUUAAUAGCUCAAGGGGCCAAGGUGAACCAUUUAAACAAACUUGAUAGAGGUCCAGCCAGGAUGCUACAGACCAAAUUUAAUUUUGUUUAAAUUUGACCAGUUGUUUCAGAGAUGUUUAAGUGAAAAUGUUGACACCGGACGAUGGACGAUGACGACGGACCAUCCACCUAUACUAAUAGUGAGCUUAAGUGUACCCAUCCGCCCAAAUUCGGAUUUAUUUUCUCCGGCCUAAACCUUUCAAUACAUUCUAUGUUUCUAUACUUAAUGCAUAACCGUUUACCUCAUGGAGUUAGUAAAUACUGAAAGAAAUUUGUUUAUUGCUUGAAGAUGUCACAGAAGUCUUUAUACAAGAUUCGAUCGAAAUUUAAUCUAUAUUUGAGAGAUUUUUUAAAGUAGGGGUGAAAAUUCUAUUAUUACUAUUAUUAUUAUUAUUUCUGAUACAUCGUUCAUUCUCCAUACAUUUCAGAUUUGUCAGGGCUUAAAGAUUUUAAUUUCAUUGCCAUGUACUAUGUUUAUUCAUAUACCGACACAUGUUAUCAUGCAGUUUGUUAGAACGCAUGAUUUUCAGUUACAUAAUUAUGUUUUAUGCUUGUGACAUUUGAUAUAUAUUGAAAUUAUUACACAAUAUAUAGUUUUGUGUACUUUUUCACA